AUGGCGGCCCCCGCCGAGCUCGCUGCGAUGGAUCCAGGCGUUUUGGAUGACAUCGAUGCGAUGGUGAACGAUCAGGAGCGAGUGCCUUCUCCUCCAACCCUUCCUGUUCCCGCUCUUCCUCCGUUACCACUUUUCCGCCACCACUUUUCCGCCACCACUUUUCCGCCACCACUUUUCCGCCACCACUUUUCCGCCACCCUCCUGUCCGCCUCUCUCCCUCCACCUCCGCUUUCCGCCAUUCUCCCCCCCGCCACCCCAUUGUCCGCCAUUCUCUCGUCCCCGCUCCCCUCCGCCAGCCUCUCCUUCCUGUCGCCAUUCCCCACCUCUGGUUACUGGGAGCUGCACAAGGAGGAGGUGACAGCUGUUUGGGUCGUGUCGGGAUGGGUCAAAGCAGAGGAGGUAAUGAAGGGAGCGUCGGCCCACAUUUACAGUGUGCAAAGGCGGUUGCCGCGAGACCUGGCUGUUCUCUGUGCUGCCGAUGGGGCCAUGGGCAACGGUGCAAGAGAGAGCAGUCUGAGUGCCGUCCGGCCCCCACCCAUCCAUCACAUCACUGCCGCCUCCCCCUGUCCCCCACCGCCGUGUGUUCUUCCCCCCCCCCCUCCCCCCUGCAGUCUGAGUGCCGUCCAGCCCCCACCCAUCUGCCUGGAAACGCUUUCCAAGCGGCCUCACCCGUCCGCACACAUCACCGCUGCAUCCCCCGUGCCCUCGCGUUCUCCUGCCGCUGCUUCUCCCCCUGCUGCUGCUGCUGCUGCUGCUGCUGGUGCUCCUGGUGCCGCCAAGAAAGAUCAGCACGGGCAGCAUCCGAAAGCAGAGACGAGUCAGUUGGGAAUCAGGCAGGAGAGGGAAGGAAGGAAGCAGCCGGGGCAACAAGAGGGGCAUGCGAAGCAGGCAGAGCUCGUGGGGUCUGUGAAUCAAGGGGCUGCAGGACUAGGCGAGCGAGAUGAUAAAGGGGCCAAGCAUUCUAGUGCUGGUGGUGCUUCUGGUGGGGUUGGUGUUGCAGACAAGGGGAAGAAGAACACACUCAUGGGCAUGUGGAAGAAAUCAAAGCCCCAGAGCGAAGUGAAGGUAGAAAAGGGUGGAGAAGCUAAAGCAGUUGAAGAAGCUCCGUUUGGUGAGAUGAAGAAGGGUGAUAGAGUGCAAGGGCAGCAGAAGGAUGUGAAGAAGGAGGUGGUUGUUGGUGGUGGCAACGGUACUGCUAUCCUUGAUGUUGGUGGUGCUGCCAAUGCCAAUGGUGGUGGUGGUGGUGAUGAUGAUGAGGAGGAGGAGGGAGUGGGGUUCUUGAGAGGGGCCGGUGGGCGGUUGGGAAGGCAGGGUGCAAAGAAGAAACGGCGAUUCGCAGUGGAGGAUGAGGAGGACGAGGAGGAGGAGGAAGAGGGGAAAGGGGGAAGGGAGGGGGAGGAGGAGGGUAAGGAGGAGGGGAAUGAGAAGAGGAAAGAGGAGGGGAAGGAGGUGGAUGAGGUGGAGGUGGACGAGUUUGGGAAUGAAGUGGUGGCAGCAGCCGUGGACCGUGCAGGGGAGGGGGAAGGGAAAAGUGAAGGGGACAUUGAUACGGAUGGAGGAGCGAUGGAGACAGGGGAGCAUUGUAACACACCAGAGGAGGCUGUGCCGAAGCAGUGCACCAGGCACUCAGGCAAGGCCUCUGGUGCAAGCAAGAAAGGAGGAAAGGGGCAAGGGAAGGGAGCAGAGAAGGGAGGGGGACAGGGGAAGGGGGCAGAGAAGGAAGGGGUGCAGGGGAAGGGGGCAACGGCUGCAGGGGCAGGGAAAGGGGCGGCCAAGGGUGGUGGGAAGGCUGCUGCUGGGAAAGGGGGUCCUAAGAAGGUCUACACCACGACAAACGCCACGAGCCGCGGACCGUCCGAUUUGAUUCAGCAGCCGGGCGGGGGAGACGCGGGGGCGGUCCGAACGGGGGGAGGCGGAAUGGGGGAGGCGCGGGAGGCGGAGAUGCGGAGGGAGAAGGAGGAGGCGAACCUGGUGCGGUUGAAUAGACUGGCGGGGGGAAUGCCGGGCAGCGACGUGCGCGGAUGGAUCCUCUCCCCCAUGCACAUGGCCGCGGCGCACGGGCUGGGGGGUGCCAAGUCAUGUGUUGACGUGCAUGUGGGCACGAUAGGCCCGGGGAAGGUGCGAGGAAACCACCGCCACCACACCAAGAGCGAGUCCUUUCUCAUCUGGGGGGCAGACGCUCGCAUCCGGAUUGAGAACCCGUCGUUGCCAGCCGGAUAUGCCGAGGUGAUGCUGGAUGCUGCUGACGUGGCAGUCUUCACAGGGCCAGCUGGCAGGGCGCACGCGCUGGAGAAUGUGGACAAGCAAGGCCCACCCAUGUUUCCUCCUCUCGCUGCUGCUGCUGCUGCUGCUGCUGCUGCUGCUGCGCCUGCUGGUGCUGCUAACCCUGCUGCUGCAGCUGCUGCUGUGCUUGAAGAGCCUCCGGAGAAUGAAGAGCGAGACGAGGAGCCAACAGGAGGAGCAAGGCGAGCGAUGCCACUGCUGCUGCUGCUGCCAGGAGGAGGAGCUAGUAAGGCUACCCGGCCUGACGAAGUGGAGGAGGUCGAUGAUGAGGAGGCGGAGGAGGUGGAGGAGGAUGGUUUUUUCAUGUUGAUGCGGAUGGUUUCCCCCUCCUGCACACCGAGAAUAUGA